GAACGCAGUUAACUUGCAGCUUUCAAAUUUUUUACCAUAAAAUUUGGUUAAAGUUUUUGGUUUACAAAAAAGUUUGAAAACAAAAUUGUAGAAUUUAAUAAAAUAAAAAAAAAUUCAAAAGUUUCAUUUGAAAGUUAAAAGAUAAAAAAAACCGUUAAAAUUUCAAAUUAAUGCAAAAGUAAAGCAAGAAAUUAUUCGACUGUCGAAAAAUCGAAAUAACGACGAAAAAUUCUGUAUCAGCAAUAUAAGCGUACGAGUUGUAGUACUGGCAUAACGGGAAUAGAGAGUGUGCAUACCACACAAAGCAAACGAGCAAACAAGCGAGCGAGCGAACGAGCGAGCGCACCACGAGUGAGUGAUAAGCCAGCAACGUGACCACAACCCCUAAAAAUUUGUCUGAAAAUAGAGCAAAAAACGCGUACUUAAAAAAAAAACAAAAAACCAAAAACCAAAAUUAACAAAUAAGCAAAAAGUCUUGUUAAAGUGAAAAAAUCGAAUUAUUUCGUUUACGCUUUCAGUCCACCUUAAGUCAACGUUAAAAAAAAAACAACAACAACAUUCCGAAUACAACAACAACAUCCGAUUAACGCAUUAAGCCAUUGCUAGACGAGCCGAAAAACCUACUCACCUACUUUUUGGUGCACAUAGCGUCCGCAUAGGAUACAUACCUCUACACGCGCACACAUACACGCAUACAGAGAGCUAUUUGCACAGUAAAGAAAUAAUGGAUUUAAAUGAAAAAGUGGAACAACUUACCAAUGAAACAGCGGCAUUGCGGAAAGAAGUUGCGCAGCUGAAAGAAUCGCUAACAAAACAAAACAGUACGAUUGUAAAGUUAAUAAAGGAGCAAUGCAAUCUCAUCAGAACACAAGAAGCGCGCGCGCAGGAAAAAUAUUUGCCUGCAAAUAACGUCAAACCAUUUGUAAAUAUGUUUCCCAUAAAAUCCCAAGAAGAAUUGGAGGCUGCAGAAGAGGGUAUAAAAGAGGAAAACAAAACUGAAUGUAUUGCACUUGCCAGGGCACUUUUAAUGCCGGGAAGUUUUAAAAAGAAUCUCAACAAAAUAUUGGGAGUUGAUGUGGUUAUGGACUAUAAUGUUGAUGGCAGACAUAACAAGAAGCGCAUACAAGACUAUCCGAAAAUUAUGGAUGUGCUCUUUCAAGCCACUACUAAGGAGGGUUGGAACUACAAAUAUUUUCUAGACGAUCUCAGAAAUGGAUUUAAGUGCUCCAAAAACAAGCACUUCAAAUAUAAUUGGACUCAACGGAGGAAGCAUUCUGAAGAGCCGUCCAUUAAAAUUGAAGAAGUUUUGAUACCGUUCGAUGAAUAAAAUUUUAUCAAUAAAAUUACCUCUUUUUUUUGUA